ACAAAAACCAACCACUUUCAUGUGGUAUUGGACAGAAAGGAGGACUUUUUUUCUCCUCCAUUUGAAAAUUCGGACGUUAUCAGUACCACUGUAUGAUUCCAAUCAAAGCAAGUCAUCAGAAUCAGGAAAAAAAUCAAUAUUGAGAACUUUCCUGUUGACGCCCAAUCAUGGUGAGACGCUGUGGGCUGCUCACUAACAACAGGGAGCCAGUUCCUUUAAAGGGCAUUGAAGUAGCGCUGGAGGUGAAGGACCACGUGGCCACAGUAGUGUCCACUCUGCACUAUGAUAACAAGGAGGACAAAGCCAUAGAAGCUGUUUUUGUCUUCCCUCUGCCCGGAGAUGCUGCUGUCUGCCAUUUCAGCGCUAAGGUCGGACAGACUGAGAUUGUGGCCGAGGUGAAGGAGAAACAGGAGGCCCGCGAGGAGUACGACGACGCUUUGAGCUCAGGGCAGCAGGCCUUCCUCCUGGAGGAGAGUGAGCAGAGCUCGGAUAUCUUCUCUCUCAGUGUGGGCAGUCUUCCUCCAGGAGAGAGCGCCUCCAUCAGGCUGGAGUACAUCAUUGAGUUGGCUGUACAGGCGGAUGACGCGCUGAGGUUUUGUUUGCCUGCGGUGCUCAACCCUCGCUACCAACCUCAGGGGAGUGAAGGUGGCGGCGUCCAGAUGACCUCUGUCCCCGCCUCUCAGGUGCCCUACAGUCUGUCUUUCUCUGCUCGGGUGUCCUCUCCUCGUCAGGUCUCCAAAAUCGACUCCAACUGUUCCUUGGAGCCUCUGCAGUACCUCAACGCGGAGCAAAGCCAGGCUGUUGUGAAACUGGCUGCAGGACACAAGUUUGACAGGGAUGUUGAGCUGUUGAUUUACUACCAGGACGCCCACCAGCCGGCUGCUGUGGUGGAGGCAGGUCAGGUGUCUGCCAAGCCUGGCACACUGAUGGGAGAUGCGGUCGUGAUGCUGAGUGUGUACCCGGAGUUCCCUCAGGCAGUGAUGUCUUCACUGGCCUCAAGUGGAGAAUUUGUGUUCUUACUAGAUCGAUCUGAAAGUAUGAGUGGGACUCGCAUCAGCAGCGCCAGGGACACUCUUCUGCUGCUUCUGAAGAGCUUACCAAUGGGCUGCUACUUCAACAUCUACAGUUUUGGAUCUAGCUUUGAACACAUCUUCCCUACGAGUGUGGAAUACAGUGAGAAGACCAUGGAAGAGGCUCUGAAGAAAGUAAAGGAGAUGCAAGCUAACCUGAGAGGAACAGCGAUCCUUCAGCCGCUCAAACACAUUUACAACCAACCCUGCAUUCCCAGUCAACCAAGACAACUUUUUGUCUUCACUGAUGGCAAGGUGGGGAACACUAAAGAGGUUACCAGCCUGGUAAAGAAGAAUUCCACCUCUCACAGGUGUUUCUCUUUUGGGAUCGGCGAAGGUGCCAGCACUGCUCUCAUCAAUGGAAUGGCUAAGGAGGGAGGAGGUCACGCUCAGUUCAUAACAGGAGCCGACCGGAUGCAACCAAAAGUGAUGCAAACACUACGGUUUGCUCUGCAACCAGCAGUGGAGGACAUCUCGGUCACAUGGGAUCUGCCACAGGGAGUAACUGCUAUUGUCCUGUCCCCGCCUCUCACAGCUAUUUUCCAGGGUCAGAGGUCACUCAUCUAUGCUCAGCUCACAGGACAGAGUUCAGAGGCUAAAGACUGUUUUGUAACUGUCAAGUACAACCUGGCGGGCCAUCCAACCCAGAAUCAGAUUCCCUUCACUCUCCAACCCACAGAGGAAACUGGUUUAACAAUUCACAGGCUGAGCGCCCGGACCGUGAUUCGCUCUUUGGAGACAGAGAAGAACAACUACGAUUUAAUGCCCUUCAUGGAAAGGGAAGACAAAAAAGAGGAAGAAGAUGGAGUUAAGCAGAAAGUGGUGGAGCUGAGUGUCCAAUCAGGAGUUAGCAGUAGCCAUACUGCCUUCAUCGCUGUCCAUAAGGGGGAAAGCAGCACCACUCAAGGACCUUUACUGCAUCAAAUCAUUCCAGUUCCCUCAUUUCGUAACAUGCCGCUGAGGAUGUACAGGAUGAGUAUGCCUAUCUCUCCACCCAAUGCAUGUAGCAUGCCGCGGAGGAUGUUUAGUUUUUCGUCAUCCCUUGGAGAUUGUGAUUCCAUGCGGAAGAGAAUGGUAAAUGCAGGCCAAAAACAUUUUGAAGAACAAAAUUUUGAUUUACUUAAAAUGGGGAUGCGAAGCUCUAAGAAGAAAUCUGCACCAAGCACGAGGAAUUCUGCGGAUUCUUGUGUUGAAAAAACUUUAGCCAGCUCGUCGCCUACAGACCCUUUGCUGCAGUUGGUUUCCCUCCAGAAGGCGUCGGGCAGCUGGGAGCUCAAACCCACUCUGGCUGCUGUGCUAGGAAAGACCAGCAAGGAGGUGGAGAAGCUGAAGCCUGCAUCGGCGAAUGAGAACGUGUGGGCCACCAUUCUGGCUCUGGUCUGGCUUCAUGGCUUCAAGUCAGAUGCUGAGGUCGAAUGGAAGCUUCUGGCUAGGAAGGCUGCGUCAUGGCUCCUUUCUCUGAAUGCACCUUCUGUGACCGACUGUGUUGUGGCUGCAAACACUCUGUUGGGCUGCAACGUACAAAAAGAUACGCUGGGCCUGUGAGGUGUCCAAUACAAAGAAACUUUGUCAACAUUGCACUAUUUUCAUCCAAUCUGCUUUUCUUGUCGGCAUUCCUCUUCGAUAAGUUGCUCAUGGGUCAAUGUCAUGUUUUCUUACACUAAUCAACUAAAAGUGGCAAACCUGAAACCUAUAGAACCAUAAACAACAUUGUAGGGAGUGCAUACAGCUACACAAAGGCCAUACACACAACUGAUUGUGUUGUCUUGAGGGAUUUUAUGCUAAAACUUUGAUUCUAAAUCCAGUCCCUUUAUUAUUCUAAUAUUUCAUUCUCAAAUAAUUACUAAACAUCACAAUAAAGAUUUUAAGUGGAAUAUUUCAUUUUUUGUGAGUUGAGAUGUGUGUUUUUCAGCAGUGUAUCUUGGCAAUAACCGCUUUAGUCUCAAAUGAGUGCCGAGUUAAAAAACAUAGGUAUUAACAUCUGCGGCUGUGGUUAACCUGCUGAUGUGUUUUUUAUUGGCUUGUAUAACAUUCAUGUGGGGUUAAUUUUUAAAAAAUACGAGCAUAGUGUUGUCUAUAAUGCACUCAUCUGUUUUGUAUUUAUACUGCAGUUUGCAUCCUACUGUUAUCACAAUAUUGGUUCUGUUGCGACUAUGUUGUGCAAUGUACUGUGUAGAGAAACGGCCAUGUGGUCGAAGAAAGCUACGUGCUCCUUCCCACAUUCUCAUGCACUGCUAAUCCUUAUUAAAGUUUUAAAAAAUGACGUUAUAGAGAAUAUGUUUUUAAAUUUCAGAAAUAACAGCCGCUCUCCAAAUAUCAUCUGUUUCCAUUUAGCGCCCUGUCCUCCUUGUACUUUUGGUAAAUAAAUGCCCAGGCUUUAAUUGGAACAUUCAAUUGGUGCUACUUGCUAUUAA